AUGUUAACGGCACGAGCUCGGUUGUUCUACUUCGCCCUACGGUUCUCAUCCACGAAAACGGAAGCCGAGUUACGCAUGGCAAAGUUGUUACAGGAAAAAAUCAACGGUGUUACUCAAGUUGAAGUUAAUGACGUCUCAAGUGGAUGUGGGUCAAUGUACUCGGUAUUUGUGGAAUCUAGUGCAUUUAAAGGUCUUUCAAAGGUUGCUCAACACAAAAUGGUUACAGGUAUUCUCAAGAAUGAAAUUCGGGAUAUGCAUGGACUUUCAAUAACAACGAAGUCACCACAGUGA